AUGUACAAGAGUGUUGUAGAUAUUGAGUUACAUGAGAACAGUACUCAACUCACAAUUUGCUUUAUCGCAUGCCCCUACAGCAGUUUUAAGUUACAAUUCACGGGUGAGAAGAGCAUCUGCAGCUGUUCCUCUUCGCCCUGUAAAUACACCACUCUGCCCUGUAAAUACACCACUCUGCCCUGUAAAUACACCACUCUGCCCUGUAAAUACACCACUCUGCCCUGUAAAUACACCACUCUGCCCUGUAAAUACACCACUCUGCCCUGUAAAUACACCACUCUGCCCUGUAAAUACACCACUCUGCCCUGUAAAUACACCACUCUGCCCUGUAAAUACACCACUCUGCCCUGUAAAUACACCACUCUGCCCUGUAAAUACACCACUCUGCCCUGUAAAUACACCACUCUGCCCUGUAAAUACACCACUCUGCCCUGUAAAUACACCACUCUGCCCUGUAAAUACACCACUCUGCCCUGUAAAUACACCACUCUGCCCUGUAAAUACACCACUCUGCCCUGUAAAUACACCACUCUGCCCUGUAAAUACACCACUCUGCCCUGUAAAUACACCACUCUGCCCUGUAAAUACACCACUCUGCCCUGUAAAUACACCACUCUGCCCUGUAAAUACACCACUCUGCCCUGA